AUGAGCUUGGCUCAUCAAACCCGGUCAAGUCGCUCUGAAACUGGAAGCCCUCCACUCGAUCCCCUCCAAGCCCCGGCCAAGGCAUCCAGCAGCAAUUACGCCGCCAGACACCAGCAUCCCUCAUCAGGUUCAUCGCCACCCAUGCAGCGUUUCCGAUACGUUGUCUGCCUAGAUCUGGCCGCUUUCAAGACCGAGAUAGCCGAACGCUAUGCUCAUGUUAUCGCCUCUCUGCCCCGGAGCAUGUGCGAGGCCAAUUUUCAAGCACGAUGGAUGAAUCUCCUCGGCCUUCCUGAGCGUGAGCUUCCUUUCUUCAAGUCAGGCGCCAUAUUCGGCUACGAUUGUGGUGUGGACCUAAGGGGCCAUGUUAUACCCCCUGUGCCGCCCCUUUCGGAUGACGACUCCGAGACGCACGACGACUCACCCGGAAACUUGGUCAAUCGACUGGCCCGAGCUGGAGCACGCGACAUGGGCCUACCUUUCUGGCAAGCAGAGUUUGCAUGGCAGGCCUCAUUCGGAAACGACUCGAGGGGCGUUGCAUCUGGCGUCGCAAACAUAAGGUCGAAGCCGGAAAGAGCUAAGAGUGGCUUCCUCCACAUUGUCCUCCUGACAGCGCUUAACCGUGCUUUGUGCGGAGGCUCACUCGGCUUCUUCGCGUAUCGAGAGCGGUUUUGCCGCCUGUAUGCGAUCAGCGACGACCUUGUUGCGGUGGAGAAGCUCCACUUCGACGAUGCCACUCCUCAGGAACCACCGGUCCCGCUGGCCGCCAAUGACCUCGCGGAUGUCAUGGAGCAGGAAACGAUGACUCCCGACAAGUUUGCCGCUUCACUUCCCCACACCCUACCGAGAGACGGACCCAACAUCGCUCCGCUUUCCGCGCUCGUGAGAUGGUCGGUGAUGGCUUACAACGGGCUGCUCGAUCAACCGAGGCAUACCCCAUUCACCCGUUUCAAACCCACAGCUGCAGCGCGCCGUCUUCAUGACGCAGUGAUGGAUGGGCAGCUCAACCAUGGAAAUGACUAUAACGGCGAUGGAGAAGGCGAUGCAGACGUUGCUGCUCUGAUCGCAGGGUUCCCGGCAAUGCGGGCAGUGCCUCGCGAUGAAGAGGAAGAGGAAGAGGCGUGGUGGGAUAGUGAGGAAGAGGAGGAGCCCUUCGAGGACAAGAUUGUAGAAUUGUAUCGAGCCUCGGGCAUUCGCCUGCUCCAGCUAGAUCCCUCAGAUAUGGAGGCGCUCGCUGAAGGGAGGGAGGAGGACUUCAACUGGGCCCAGUUCGAGCAAUCGUGA